AACGUUCACGUUAAUUGCAGCGGCAUCAUCUUUGCUGGAUUUCAAAGGCAUUUUUUUGCAGUGAAAAGAACGAAAAAGUGCUUGCAUUUGUGCACUAAUGGGUAUAUAAGGUCCUUCUGCUAAGGGAAUCCCAAGUCAUACAAACAUUGCGAUUCCCCUUAAUGGAAAUAGAUAAGACGCGGCGCAGUUGAAAGAUUGCAAAUUUACCGACUGGCCGACCGACGCACAUGAAAAGUAAAGUAUGGAGGACAUUGAAUAUUUAGACGAGUACAAGGACUUGGUGCUGCCAGGGAUUAAGUCGAGUGCUCCGCCAGCAUCUGCCGGCGUUCCGCGGCAGCGUCGCAUUUCAUCAGACUCGAGCAGCUCGUCGUCGAUUGAUGCGGACAUUUUCCAGAAGCUCUUCCAUGGCAAGUACCUCGACGACGAACUGCUUAAGGAGGGCUCUGGCUCCAAGUCGCAGGACAGACGUCGACGCCCCCCAUCUUCAUCCUCCAGCGACGAGUCCAACGAUGCCUUGGAAGCCCUCUUCUGCGGAAAGAGCAGCCAGUCGAAGCUAAGCAAGAGGCGCGAACGGUACGAGUCGUUCGAUUCGGUGGACGACCUAGGCGAAGCCCUAAUGCGUCCAUCACACAGGCUGACCGUACCGAAGCCCAGUACCUCUCAGGCAGGUUCCAAAAAGUCACAAGAUGCCAUCCCACACAGAAGCAUCAGCAAUAGCAGCAGCGGCAACAUUGCCAUGUCAUCUGGGCAUACUUUUGCAAGUCCUAAAAACAAGAAAACCAAUUCUGUGACCAACAAGACAGCAGUAUCUGCCAAUGGUGAUAAAGGGACUUCCAGCAAAAACAAGACGGUGACCAUUGUAAAGCCCCAAAAAACAGAUCUAAGGCCUUCGCGGCUUGAACCCAAAACAGAUCCGUUAACUUUGGGUGAUUUAUACGGGGACUCAGACAGCGAUUCGUCCUAUGAGUAUGAAUCGGACUUUUACGGCGAUCAAGACUCCGAUGAAGAGGAUGAGCCGGUGAUCGACAUUUCAACGGACACAAGCAGGACCACAUCGGUGGCGGACACUGUGACACCUGUUGUUUCCGACGACGAGGGCCAGGAGCCGCAGAGUGAGCUGAAUCAGCGUCCUGAGAAUGAUAAGGAGUCUUUUUUGAGCAGCACCUACGAACGCCUGCAGUCGUAUUUGAGUAAUCUCAGUUCCGCCGAGGCGCCGCCAAUCUAUAAGAAACAGAAUAGUGCGAGAAAAUCCCGCUCCAACGAAAAGAAACCCUCUUCUUUCCAACAGGUUAAGCAUGCUAAUGAGCAAACAGCGGCCAGUGACAAAGAGGCUAAUAAAAAGGAGCGGGAUUUGGAGCCACCGGAGGCGAGCAGCAGUGCGAAAUCCUCGGCCAGCAAGGCCAGCGGUAGUCGCAAGCUGUAUGAAAUAGAAAACAAUGCCACACUUGAGGCUGUGGAGCGCAUGAGUCUCGACGUGGCCGAGCAAAUCUUGAAGAUCGAUGUGGAGCGAUCUUACGAGUUCGAAAAGCGGUCUGGCUCAAAGUCGCGUAGCUUAUCCAGAUCUAAGAUUCUAGCAGAUUCUAGCAUCUCGCAAAUGGAUCACGUGCGAAAACUAACCUACUCGAGCGAAAGACUUGAUCAACCGGAACCUUUGAGCACCCAGUUGCGUCGGUCGAAGAGCGAGUCCUUACCAAAGCGAGGACGCCCUCGUGGCCAAAAGCAGCGUAAGAACCGUGCAGCAACCACGGAGGAAAAAAGUCCUAAUGUCCGGGAUGGGGAAGGAGAGCCAGUCAAAAGAAAACGCGGAAGGCCUCGCAAAAUUAUUCCAAAGGAGGAACCUACUACAGCAGAGACUGAAAAUCCAAUUGAAGGCUUGAACACAAAUGUCCCUCUCUCAAUAGACACGAGCAAAGGAAACCCGGAAACGGAGAGGGUUAAUUUGGAAGUGCCAACAAAACAAGAUGAACCAAUUAGCGAGUUGGACAAUGCCAAAGAGCUCACGGGAUCUACCAAUUUAUCCCAGGAUGAUAUUAAAAUGCCGUCAAGUCACCAAGAAACGGAUCAGAAAUGUGCUCCGGACAGGGUUGCGCUGGAUAAAUCUGAGUCCGCGCCAAAGGUCGAACAAGAACCGGAUAGUAAAGCGGAUACACCUACUGAAACAUUUGAUACUCCACUUGACGAAAGCAAAGUAUCCGAAAGUGCAAAAAAUCAUAUUAAAUCGGAAGAUAAAGGUUUAUCUUCGGAUAAGGAGAAAACUCAGAAGGAAUCUCGCAAUGGCAAUUCGAAGGAGACAAAUCAUAAUGAAAACUCGGUUAUAGUUACUAAUGAAGUUGUAUUACCAGUUGACAUGGCUGAAUCCAAGGCAGUAUCCGGAAAUAUUCUUGAAGAAAGCGAUUCCCAACUUGCUGAGGAUUUUAAAUUGGCUGAAGAGAUCUUAGCCGCUGAGGUUGGUAAGGGAGUUGAAGCCAACGAGGUACCAGUGACAUCUGUGCAAGGAGAACAAAAUCCAGUCAUUGAAAUUGUUAAAGAGUUAGAGCAAGAAACCAUUUCGGAAGUCGUGCCCGCUCAGAAUGAAAACCAAUCUUCAGUUGAAGACCAAACUUUAGCUGAUGAAGAAAAUCCAGUGGAAAACCAAUCUCCAGUUAAGGAACCAUCCUCUAGUAAGGAUGAACCACCUGCAGAAGAACACUCCCCAGGUCCUGACCAAGAUCCAGUUGUAAAACAGGAAACACCUGUAGCGAAAAAUAAACAGCAUGACAAAGAACACAAUGAAGCUUCCCAAGCCGAAUCUUUGUCUGGUUCUGAUGAUCCAUCAAGCUCAGGCACUCUAUCCAAGAAACGAAAUCAUUCCUCCCCAGCUAAUACCCCCAAGAAAUCGAAAGAAAUUGAAGCUUUGCAAAGUUCGGUGCCCCGAAGAGCUCUUAGGUCUGAUAAAGCAACUCCUCAAAACCAAAGGGAAAGUCGGUCAAAGCGGACACUGAAAACAGAGCUCACACUACUUAUGGAUGAUACAAUGAGACGAAGCAGUCCAAGACUAGGAAGGUCGCCAGCGGAAAGUCAUUCCUCACAAGAACGCUCUCCGAUGGAAAAGAAAGUGACAGUCUCCAAGUUGGCCAAAGAUUUAAUAACAAUAGAAAAGGAAAAAGUGAUAGAGCUAAAGUCGUUACCUGAUGCGUCUGAAACAAAGGAUGUAAAGAUAACCAAAACCACUACAGCAUCAGGUACUUCCAUACUGACUGAUGAAAAUCCUAGCUCCAGUAAGACUGAACAGAAGAAGUUGAAGGGUAAAGCGUUGAAAGCAAAAAAGAUGAGUAGGACCAGUGAGACAGAAGUUAAGAAGGCAAUAUCAGAUUCCAAUGAAGAUAUACCUUCUUCUUCUUCCAUAAAGUGUGUUGAUGAACAUUUAACUUCCAGCGAAUCGGAGCCGAAAGACGAAAAGGAGGAGAUCUUAUGUCCAAAACCGCCAAUAGAUUGUACUAACACGGAUUUGGAACAAUCUACGGCUAUUGAAACUGAUACGGAACAAGUUGAGGAAAAACGAUCAAAUCGCAGAAAAUCACGUAGGAUUCGAAAUGAAAAGUUCAAAACUGAAACGGACACACUUUCCGAUCAUUCGGAUGUAAAGAAAGCUGAGAAAGUGCCAUUAGAGACUCAGCAAAGUGAUCCUGUCACUGCUAAGAAAGAGCGAAACUCCGGCAGAUUAAGUCGUAAGGAAAAGUCUGUUAUUAAUGCGGACAAAUCCGAAAAGGACGAAAGCCCGUCCUCCAAAUCUCAGUCCACUGAAAGAACACAACUUUUAAAUGAAAACCCCUCUAAAAAGGAUAAAAAAACAGAGCAAUCUGAUAACACAAACGAAGCGGGUCCAAUUGGCAAGACGGAAACGUCAAAUAGCAGAAAUACAAUCGAUAAAAAAAGUAAAAGUUCUGACAGCGCAAAUCAUAAGGAGUCAGAGUCUAUAAAAUUAUCAUCAAAAUCCAGUCCCGAAAAAAUCAUGCAAGAUCAGGAUAAGAAAUUGUAUGCAUUAAACGAUGGCGGAGACUCGGAUCCAACUAUAAGAGAUACCGGCGAGGACAGUAGAAAGACUGAUAAGGAACACGAAGAGAAUAAUACCAAACAUGAGGAAGAGGGCGGUGAGCCUAUUUCAAAAGACUCUUCACAGGAUUCAGCCAAACCCAGACUUUCGAAAACAAAGUCCAGAAACAAGGGUAAGAAAAACGAAAAGAAGACUAAUGAUAGUAUUGCUGUAUCUGAUAUAGAAGGUGCUUUGGACGUUAACACAGAAACCGUUCAAACUACAUGUUCUACAUCUUCAGAGUCAGGGAAAAAGGACAUGGUUAAAUCUGAUGAAACAAACGAGGAAGCAAACUUAUCUGAAACAAAAAUAGAUCAGGAGAAUAAAUUGGAUGCAGUAAUCGAAGGCGGAGACUUGGAUCCAAAUAUAAGAGAUACCGGGGAGAACCGUAGACAGAUUAAUAAGAAACGCAAAAAAGACGACACUAAAAAUUAUGAAGAGACAAUUUUGAAUACAGAUGAAACAAAAUAUUCUUCAGAAAAGGACGCGGAGAAUAUUUCAAAACACUUUUCACAGGAUUCAGCUAAACUAAAACCCUCAAAAGCGAAGUCCAGAAACAAGCGUAAGAAAAGCGAAAAGAAACCUAGUGAUAGUAUUGCUGAAUCUGAUAUAGAAGGUGCUUUGGACGUUAACGCAGAAACCGUUCAAGCUACAUGUUCUACAUCUUCACAGUCCUAUAAAAAGGACAUGGUUAAAUUUGGUGAAAAAAGCGAGGAACCAAACUUAUCUGAAACAGAAAUAGGAAGAAUAAGGAAACGUAGGCAGGCUGUUACCAUUGAUAAUACCAAAGAUGAUUUUCAGAUUACUCCGCAAAAUGAAAACCAGAGCAUUGCCGGUUUCAAUUCUGAGGAACAGGUACCACGGCCAGAAAGUGUUGACUCCUCCGAUACUCCGAUUAUGAAAAUACCAACGAAAACUUACCUAAUGUGUACAAAAAACAAAACAUCGCUAUUGACCGCCUCAGAAGAUCCUGAUACUGUCCUUAAACAACAGAAGUUGAUCACCACAACAAGAGGCGACUCUAAUACUGUGAGUGAUGUAUUGAACACAGAGGCGCUUGAACUAGAUAAUGCCAAUAAUUUGGAAACCAGUUCGUCGCAGGAUCCCAAAGAACAAGGAUUUUCUGAUCAAACUUUGACAGAUAAUUCCGAUAUCAUUCUUUCAUGCACAAAAAAGUCGCAGAUUGUUGUUCCUACUACUCCAACAAAAAGCAGCGAUCAAACCAACAGCUUUAUAACGCCCAAUAGAUCACCGAAAUCUAAACGAAAUGUUUCCAAAGAGACUAAAAAAUCAGAUAAUAGCUUUGAGGAAAGUCAGAAAGCAGCUUCGGAAUCCUCGGCUUCUAAAGAACAAAAUGAACUCAGGACUCCUACAGCAUCCUGUCGAAAGGUGCGGGUGUUAAUAAAAAGAACUCCCACCUCCAAUUUGCCUACAAAUUCAAGGAAGUCUAUAUUUAAGAAAACUUCCGCAAAGUCGAAGCGAUUGUCUAAAAUUCUCGAGAUCAUGGAAAAAAGGCCAUCUAGUGAGCAAUGUGAUAAUAAGCCGCUAGUUUCUUCAGAUGAAAUUAAUCCUGACUCUGAUCCUGUUGCUGGAGAAUCGUUACCCGUUGCAAUUCUUCAUGAUUCUGAUAGGGAUCUUGAAACAAACGAAAUCCAAAAUGAAGAAAUUUUUGAGGAUACGGAAGUGGGGUCUGCUGAAGAAACAGAUAAUAAAUCGAAAAAGAAAGAGGACGAUCACGAAUUGGAAGUAAAUGACAUUUCCGCAGCGAGUGAAAAUCGUAUCACAGACGAUUCAACUAAGGACGCCUCAUUAAACAAAGCAACAGAUAGUGAUGUUUUGCAGGAAACAAAGGACGAAUUAUCUAACUCGUUAAUUAAUGCGACUCAAGAUGAGGAUACCCCAAUAAAGGAGUUGCCCGAAGAGGAAGUUCCUAAUGAUAAAACCGCCAAAGAUGAAUCUGAAAAACAGGAAAUCUUAAAAGAUCUAGAAUCGGAUAAUGCGCCGUUAGAAGAGGCUUCUGCUCCAACAGCGAAAGCCGCCGAGAAGGUGGACCUUUACAUAAAGGAUAAGUCUAAUGUUAAAUCGGUUGUUGCCGAACCAGAAACUGAUGUAACAGAUGACGAGUUCCUCGUCCAAAGCCCAAUUCCGAACUCAUCGGAAACAACAAGUGUCACGGAUGAUCCCGAACCCAGCACAUCCAGCGUGGUGAAGCGCAGCUUGCGCAAGCGGGAAGCGGAUUCUUCACAGCCAGAUGAAGCUGCUAAACGAAAGCAACGCCAAGAUGUGGAAAAGUCGUUAACUGGCAAAAAGAAACCAGCUCGACGCCGACAACUCGCUGAGGUAGAAGAACGAGCAUCCCAUAAACGCUCAAAGACGGAGUUAGAAGCCAAGUCUACUGUCCAGGGCAAAUUUAUCUCUAUUAUUGGCAAUGAGACUAUCAUGUCAUCCACAACAGCGCCUAUUAGGGAUACCAAAAGCGAGGCGGCCAGCACAUCUCCAUCUGCACGGAAACCGGCGGUACAGGAAUCCAAGCACGUCGAAACCACUAAGCAUAUCAUCCUAGGACCACCAGGCAAAAAGCUUCUUCAUUUGGAUAGUCCAGCCGCGGAAGUCAAGAAGCCCAUGGUGCAAACUUUGCUGAGUUCCACUCUAAGUCUUCAAAAACCUUCGACAGUAGACGAUGGUAGUCCAUUGAAAAUAAGGAAAUCCGUGAAAAAGUCGAUUGCCGAUGAAAACAUUGACGGGGAUCAGUCGAUCUUGAGCAGUUCCUCUGUGCUUAAUAAAAAUACGUCUGCUGUUGCUCCAAGAAAGGUAAAUAUAUCCGUUUCCCUGUUGCAAUCGAAGGACACUCAAGUGGGAACAACUGCAUCGUCAUCCAAAACACCAAUAUUGACAAAAAAGGAAAAACUUAAAACACAGAAAUCGACCAAGAAAUCGGAGGACAAUACGAAAACGGAGAGCAAGAAAAAAUCUUUAGUACAAGGCCCUCAAAUGAAAACCCAAAAAUCCGAGGAGGGUCUAUCGGGGCCGAAAAUUCUAAGUAAAUCCCUAAAAUCGGAAACCGAAUUCUCAAAGAAAAUGGUUUCCGCAGUAACAGGCCGGAAACAAAUUGGGCAACUGAAGGUUUCGAAGAAACCGGAAAGCAGAAAAUCGGAGGGGUCUUUACUGGAAUCAAAUCCUCGGAAAAAGGAAUCCCAAGUCCAACGGAUAAGUAAAAUGGAUAGUAGAAAAUCUGAAGGAACACCUUUAACUCAACCAGAAGUCUCGAAGUCUGAAACUGCUUUGAAAGCAGCAUUGCCCAAGGAAGCUGAGUUCUCAGUGCUAGACGCAGAAAUCGAGAAAAUGUCCAAAGGUCGCGUACACCAAAAUGCGGUCAAAAACACCAAAACGGAACAACCCAAAUCGAAGACCAAGACUGAGGUCCGUUCCCUGGAAGCUGAGGCUGCUAUUGAUCCAAUGGACUCGAUGAACUUUCAAUCGGAUGUAUCUGAUAUCCGCGCAACAUUUUCCGAACCCCAAGGAAUCUUCAAUAUGCCAGGUCACAUGCCCCUAGCUAUCAGCAGCAACAGAUCACUGGCACCUACACCAACUCCUGACAGGCAACGAAAUGCUUCUAAGGAGCGAUUUAGGCCUGUUUCGGACCAAAAAAAACCAAUCAGGGAAUCACAGACUUUAUCGAAGCGUCGUGCAAGAGGUGGAAGGAACCAGCCACUUGUUUCAAAAAGGAAAGCGGGUGAAGCGGAAGAAUCGGAAGACGGUACAGCGGUGACCAAUCCCAAGAGACCCAGAGAGAUGCAUGAAGAGGACCACCCACAACAGAAUGAUCAUGUCCAAGAACCUGCAUUUGCUGCGUUCCCAGUGAAAAUAACAGCUGCUUCUUCUGUUACUCACCAAGUAGUGCAUUCUACGGGUAAUAUAGUUCCUCAAAUUGUUAAUCCCCGCAAACUUUGCGUGAAAAUAAAUCGGAGGCCCUAUAAUAAGUGGCUUCGGAGCACCCAGGAGAGGAAUAUAGAACAAGAAGGAUCUCGUAAUGUAACGUCAUUACCACUGCUUGGUGAAGAAACGGAUUCAGCGGGAGAGUCAACGGCAGAAUCAAUGCUGCAAUCCCAAGUAGAGUCGGAGCCUGUUAUUCAGCCACUGCCUGCAUCCGAUCCCGAUUCUUUUCCAGCGCAGGCCUCAGAUGUUCAAGUAAGGGAAAGCUCAGCUCAACUUGCUCCCAUUGCAGCUAAUGUUUCACCGGCAGUUAACGAUUCAUCGACAUCACCCGCUUUAGACAUCACACCCGAAAAUGCACAGACAGCUAAGACAACCUUGAAGACUGGUAUCUGUUCAUUGACUGAACAACAUCUUCCUGACGACCCAACGUUGCUGGACAGUUCCAAGAAUGUUGCAGAACCGCGGAAGCUACAAACGUUUCAAGCCAAAUGCUUGCCUGUGCCAAUUCCAGAGGUAAAGUCAGAGCCGGAAGAUAUCAUGGAUGAGCAUUCACCUAAUGAGCCCAUGCCUAUGGUUGCGGCAGCACCAGCAACACCUCAACCACAUGCGAUUACGGAGGACCCUGGGCCCCUCACUAUUCAAGUCAACACCUUGGGUGUUUCUAGGCCGCCUGAGUUAAAUUCAAUUCCCUCCGCCGGUGACCCUGACGGAAACCCCAAUACCAUUGGGCAGACCAAGAUGUUCUCCUUUCUCUACCCGAAACGUUACAAGCAAUCCUAUGACGACGUGGGUCUAGACUUUUGCUGUCCAAAUCUCGAUGGACCAAUGCGGGCUAUUGAUUUUACACGAUUGCAUUCGAAGGCCGAGGUACCAGUGCUGGAAGUCCCGCAGUUCCUGGUCAUAACUACCAAGUUCAUCUCUAAAGCGGAUAAGAAUAUGCCAAGUAAAGUGCGGGCAAAGCUGGAAUUACUGGGCAGGUCGAAAGAACGGGAUUCCUGUAAACUGACCCCGACGUCUACCACUCCGACUGGUGAUCUCACCGGUCCUUCAUCCUUUUCACCUGCUCCCACUCCGGUUGGUCCGGCAACUCAACCGUUUCCAUCGAUUAUACAGAAUUUGCUAUCGGCUCCCAUACCUGCUCCAAGUCCAUUUAAUCAUCCCACAACCGUGGACCCGUCCACUUCCACUCCCGUAGUUCCAGGCAGUUCCUCUUCCACUACCAUUUCGGCGACCUUGGAUUCUUUAAGCAAACAGUUGCCACGUGGCACAACACUGAUCAAGAAGUCAGUGCAACAAGUGGCUACCAUUCCCUCAUUAGCCGGCACCUCGAUGGUACUCAAUGCGUCGCCGUCCUUUAUUCAGUUACCCCCGAUUUGCCCCAACGACAAGCAACGCGUGGAGCUGCAGGCGAGGGUUCAAAUGUUUGACUUAGUGCUCCAGACCCUCAGCCGACGGGCAGCCAACUUAUCAGUGGCCGAGCGACAGCGUACCAUUGAGGAGAUCGUAAGGACCAGCUCCUUAAUGGCCAUCGACGUGGAUGUGGGUACAAAGCUUUUGGAAAACUAUGUACAUUACUUAAAUAAGGCUACCAGCACAAUGACUCCUUUAACCCCGGCCCAAAUCAACUCGAGUUUAGGCGCUUCCACCAGCUCGUCGCUUUCCAAAAGCAUAGCCUCUUCCGAUACCCCACAACAAGGGAAGAAAAUACCUGCGGCCCAUGUCCAACAGAGGAGUUCUCUCCCCGCUACCACCAUGCCCCUUUACGAUGCGGACAGGAACACAAUUGGCUUUCCGUAUAGCUGCUCGAAAUCGACGGCAGGACGAAAGUCUGCAUAUGCUGCCAAUAGCACGCCUGUAAGAGCCUCCACAUCCCAAGCAGCAGCAGCAGCGCUAGGAAAGGUUCAGCCAAGAUCCACGCUGGGGAUCCCGAAAAGUGUUCGGGAAGACGCUAGUCAGUUUGUUAAUCUAAACACAACAGUGUGUAUGCCAGCACCAAGGACGAAUGCCAAGAAAAGACCAGGGACAUCGGGCUCUCUAAAGUCCAUUAAUUCUUCACCAGCUGUGCAGAAACCGGCGCUGUGCAAACAGAAGACGGCGCCGGCAAGGACUCUGGCCAAGAGCACAGCACGAGCGAAAUCAACAGCGUCUUUAAGUGCAGUGUUGGGUGAGACUCCUGCUGACGAAUUCCUAUCCCCCGCAGGAAUGAGUCUGAGUACCACCGGAAAUCCGAAUAUGUUCAUCAUUAGCCAUGCGGGGCAGCAAGAGGAAAGCAUCCUACCGGACUCCAAUAGCAGCGUGGGGCACAUGGAAACGACGGAGAUCAAGGGCGAGCUUGAUGAUUCUGCGGAGAUUAUUAUAUAGCAGGGCAAAGACUAUAAACCAGUUGGAAAGUAUUCUAAGUUACUUUAGCACAGUUAAUUAAGAGUUAAUUAUUUCGUUGAACGCAAGAUCAUAAUUGUGUAAUUCUAAAAUGAAGAAUUUGUUAAACCUUUCAGUACGUAAUUUUUUUUUGGAAAUAAAUGGUUACAUAUUUUA